CCAGUCCCUUGCCUCGUAGGCCAGCACAUGUGGAACAACAGGGCCGCUGGAAGGAGGAGGGACGUUUCGGCUCUCGCGGGUCAUUCGCGCAUCGGACGCCGUCAACGAGAGACCAGCGGGAUCGGACCUGCCGGCGCAGCGGGCGCGUGCACACAGGGUGCGGCAAGAUGAAGAUGGCGGCGCUACUCCUCGUCGUGCUGCUGGUGGCCGCAGUGGCACGGGCUUUCCCUGACGGAGCUCCGGUGGGCGCGUGCGACUCAUUCAUGCCCCGGCAUGGAACCACAGCUGCCUUGCCGAACCCAACCUCCCCGUACGCCGUGGUGCAGUCCAAGGCGCACUACAACCCCGGCGACAUCGUCACUGUGACAGUGACGACGAGCGGCCCGUCCUUCAAGGGCUUCAUCGUGCAGGGCUUCAACCCGCAGACGCGUGAGGUGAUCGGCGAAUUCCUGGGCGGACCGGGAACCCACGUCAUUCCGCAGUGCUCUGCCAUCACGCACGAAAACAACCGGAACAAAAAGGCGGCCACGCUCAACUGGAAAGCACCGCUCAACUCCGGACCCGUCAUGUUCAGGGCCACUGUUGUCAAAUCCUUUACAGAGUUCUACGCCAACCUGCUAAGUCAAAGCGCAGGCUACUGAAGAGAGAAUCACUACGGACUUUGCACAGGGGAACCAUCGGCCAUAGCGUACUCACAAUGUGCGAUCCUGCGGCAUUUCACUUAGCUCUGCGCUAAAAUCACAAACGUGUAUUCUCGUUUUUUUUUUUUUUUCUCGUGAACCAUACUGCCUUUUGUAAAUACAUCGCCUUUUUUUGUGCCUACA